AUGCUUCGAAGAGGGUCCCUACAAUGGCUUAACUUCGCUAGAUUUAAAGCUACGGCCAAUGUAGCAAAAAUUGAAGACUUCGUCCAGCCAAUCCACCCGCUCUUGCUAGCUCGAGCGAAGGCUAUGACAAAAGAGUAUGGAGUGCUAGAGAAGAAGAUACAAGGAGGUGCUUUUGACCUGGAAACAAGCAUACGGUUUCUGACGGUGUCGGCGGUGUUGGAUAACUAUCACAAGUACAAAAGCGAUAUGGAAAGCUUGAGUUCCUUGUUGGACAUCAUCAACGAUGAGCAGCCCGAUCCAGAGCUCGUGGAGGAAGCUCGCAGGGAACUUCUAGAGAUUCUCCCCAAUGUGAUGAGGACUUCUCUGAGUCUUCAAAAAAGACUACUUCCUCCCUUGAGCCACGAGGAUAAGCCAGCGAUUAUGGAGCUUCGUCCCGGUGUGGGAGGCUCAGAAGCCGGGCUCUUUGCUCAGGAUCUCCUAAAUAUGUACAUAAAUUACGCCAGCAACAAGAGGUGGCCGUUGAAGAUCAUGAGCAAAACAGUCGCCCCAAACGAUGCACUCACAGAGGCUAUCAUCGCCAUAGACGCACCGGGCGCUUACAAUACUCUUAGACAUGAGAGUGGUGUUCAUAGGGUUCAAAGGGUUCCUGCCACUGAAACAAAGGGACGUACCCACACAUCUACUGCAGCAGUGGUGGUGUUGCCAAAAAUGUCAGAGGGUACAGAGCAGUCUUUGAAAGAAGACGAGCGACAAUUUGCUCCCGGAGAAGUUCGGAUAGAUACAAUGAGAGCUGGCGGCAAAGGAGGACAACACGUCAACACCACAGACUCUGCUGUUCGUUUGGUUCACAUUCCUACUGGAAUUAUCGUCAUGCAACAGGAUGAGCGGUCGCAACCUCGAAACAAGGCGAAGGCUUUUCAGAUCUUGCGGUCCCGGUUGGCAUUGCUAGAGCGUGAGAAAGAGAUUGCCGAGCAACGAAGGAUGAGAACUGAUCAAGUGUCCACUACAGACCGUUCAGACAAGAUUAGAACGUACAAUUACCCUCAGAACAGAGUCACCGACCAUCGGUGUGGCUAUUCGGUACACGACUUGCCUGGUGUGAUGGCAGGCGAGAAGUUGGACGAGUUGAUCGAAAAAGUUGACGAGCACGAGUUUGAAGAGCGCCUCCAGCUCCUUAUUGAACUGGCAAAAUGA